UGGUGGUUUUAGCACAAAUAACACAGCCAUUCUUAUAGAUACCCUUAGAUACAUAAAAUUGCAUUUAAUUUCGUUGGCUUAUUGCCGGUUAUUAGGAUAGAUGCACACAAAUUUAAGAAUGCCGAUUGUUUGAAGAUAUAAAUAACAUGCUUACAUAUGUGAAUAUAUGAGCGGAUUUUAUUCUGCAUCUAGAAGGUGGACAUAUUUUGUUCUCAUAUAUGAGAAGAAUAAGAAAAAAUUCCGAAUUAUAGAAAGUGAAGGAAAGUGUAGUGAUAAUUUGACAUUCGCAAAAGAGAAAUAUUAGAAUUAAUACACCUGUUUUAAUUUUUGGAUUUCUUAAUUAUCAUCAACAACAAACAUAUUUAUAUUUAGCAAUAUUGUGACUGACUAGCAAAAUGUCAACUCAUUUUUUUCCUGAAUAAUAAACAUUGAAAUAGAUUCAAACGAUGCAUGAAAGAAUUUGGACGAUAGUCAUCAACAAUACAACUACUGAAAUUGAAAAUUAAGUUAUACAGAAUUUCGUAACUCGAUUUUCAAAUUGGCAAUGUUCGCAUAAGACGUGCAUUGUUCGAACCAAAACAAUCUGAAUCAUACGAAUAUUAUGGCCAAUAAACGAAUUAGACUGGAUGAUGAUGAAUACGAUCCAACAGAUAAUGAACCAGAAAUCGAUCCGAAUGUCAUUGCUUCGCUUUGUUAUGAUUCAUAUAAUAGAUUGGGAAAAUCGGGUAAACCGAAUCCCAGAAAAAAUGAAUAUACGAUUAUUGCUGGAUUGGUAGAAUUUCGCGACAAAAGCUCACCAACUGUAGUCUGUUUGACAACUGGUACCAAAUGUUUUCCGAAAAAUGUUCCAUAUCGUGAUGAAGAUAUUGUUGAUUGUCAUGCUGAACCAUUGUUGAAAAGAGCAUUUAAAUGUUACCUAAAUGAAGUGAUCAAUGAUUGGAUAGAUGAUAAUAAAAAGCUAGAUCAAUUCUACGAUGAAGUGAUACGUGGGCGUCAUUAUUGCCUGUUUGUUAGCCAAUUUCCUUGUGGUUCGUUUAGCCGCUGGAAAGGCGAUCCUCUUCAUGAUUCGAAGAACCGAAAAAUCUGUGUCAACCGUAAACCAGGGCGUGGAGAAUUUUGUCCAAAAGCUGCCUGUGUGCAUAAAAUUGCUAAAUGGCGAAUUUUUGGCCUGCAAGGAUCUCGAAUUUUAGACAUCAUUGGUAAACCAAUAACUUUCAAUCAUAUUGUGAUUGGUAAUUGCGAGACCGAAUACAGGGAAACAAUGGAAGAAUUAGAUUCGAUCAAAGAUUAUCUAAUAACAAUUCCAAAUGAAUAUUCCAAAAUUUCGAAUGAUUUAAUCGGCGAUUUUCAAUUUUCUCAGUUUUGUCAUAUACAUUUUGCUCAACAAUUCAGACAUCCUGAAUUUGUGCGAAACAAUAUUCCUUGUGGAAGCUCGAUCGUAGCCUGGAUGAGCUGUGAUAGAAAAACAAAUUUAAAAACCGAAAUAUUAGCUAACGGCCGACGAUUAGGAGCAGCAAAAAGGAAAACCUUCCCCAAUAUUUUGGGUACGUCAAGAGUUUGUGAUUUUUAUUUAAGACAAAAUCUUGAACAAUUAAUGGUCAAAUUUAAUAUAAAAAACAUUAAUUCUGAAAAGUAUCAAAAGGAUUGGAGUUUAACACAAAAAAAUCUUUCCAUUUUCAAAGACUGGCCAAUUAUUGAUGUAUAAAUAAAACUCAUUUUUAUCUGACAAA